GAGGAGGACUGCAUGAAGCUGAACCCCUCCUUCCUGGGCAUCGCCCUCAGCUCCCUGCUCGCCAUAGACCUCUGGGCCUCCAAGCGCCUGGGUGUCUGCGCCGGAGAGGACUCGGCCUGGGGCAGCGCACGACCCCUCAUGAAGGUCAUCGAGGUUUCAGGGCACGGCAUCCCCUGGCUGCUCGGCACCUUCUGCGGGCUCUGCCAGAGCGACAGCUCAGCGGGCAGGGAGGUGCUGCUCAACCUGCUCUUCGCUUUGCUGCUGGAUCUCGUGCUGGUGGCAGUGGUGAAAGGGCUCGUCAAGCGGCGGCGGCCCACCCACAACAAGAUGGACAUGUUCGUCACCAUCUCAGUGGACAAGUACUCCUUUCCAUCGGGCCACGCCACCAGAGCCGCCCUGGUCUGCCGCUUCGUCCUGCGCCACCUGGUCCUCGCCGUCCCGCUGCGGGUCCUCGUGGUGCUCUGGGCUCUCGGCGUCAGCAUUUCGAGGGUCAUGCUGGGCAGGCACAACAUGACGGACGUGCUCUUCGGUUUGCUGCUGGGCUACGCGCUGUACGGCGUGGUGGAGUACUGCUGGCUGUCCCCGCUCAGCGCGCCCACCCUCUUCGCGCUCUGGAGCCACUGA